GUUUCCGCCAAUCAAAAGCGUCCAUCUUGUUCCACGCACCACCCCCAUCCCCGUCCAACUUUCCACCAGGCGAAAAGAGGAAUAGAAAACCGAACCAAAGAGCGAGAAAGUGUGAGAAAACAGAGAUGGCAGCCUCAUCGGACGAAUUCUCGGUGGUGGUGCUGGCCUCGGAUCUGGGCAUAGACGCCCGUCCCUUCUUGUCUCACCAAGAAGGAGAAGAGGAGCAAGAGAACUGGCACGAUUGCUCUCAGUAUCUCUCUCCCGACGAAGACUUCUCCGAUCUUGAUCUCCUCCAGUUCUUUCGCCUCCAAGGCUCCGACAAGCAUGGGAACCGAAUUUAUCGUAUUGUCGGAAAGUACUUUCCCGCUCCAGUUGUGAGUGGGGAGCGACUGAAGAAGUACAUUUUCCACAAAAUAUGCAGUGAAUUGUCAGAAGGGCCGUUUUGCAUUGUUUACCUGCAUAGCACCGUGCAGAAGGAGGACAACUCCCCUGGAAUAACCAUCUUGAGGUGGAUUUAUGAAGAACUUCCAUCAGAUAUCAAGGACAGGCUUCAAGCUCUUUACUUUGUUCACCCUGGGCUUCGUUCGAGGCUUGUCUUUGCCACUCUUGGCCGAUUAUUCCUAAGUGGAGACUUAUAUUGGAAAAUCAAGUACGUAAGUCGCCUGCAGUACCUUUGGGAUGAUAUAAAGAAGGGAGAGGUUGAGAUUCCUGAUUUUGUGAAAGAGCACGAUGAUGUACUCGAGCAUAGACCACUAACAGACUAUGGCAUUGAACCAGACUCUUUACACUUGAGUGAAGUGCCUUCCACGGCCUACUCAUUUGGGAGGUAUGAAGAGAGAUGGCAAUCAAGGGAGUAUAUGUCGUAGCUUAGCUGUUGGUGCAGGGUCGAGUUGUUGCUAAUUUUAUAUACAUAUGCAAGCUAUCUGUACAGUAUCAUCUUUAUGUUGUAUGGUGCACCUCGGACAAAAUUUGCCAUCCAAAUAAAUAGCUAGAAAUUUCCCACCUGCUUGAGACGGAUUAUCGGGAAAACCCAAGCUUCCCAUAUUGUAACCCAAAUUACAGGUGGACUCUUUACAGUUUUAUGGAGAAACUUGACGAUUCAGACGAUGAAACUUUCUACUCAGCCGAGGAAGAACCUGGACUAGAGGUUGAAGAGCCUAGGAUCCUUGUAGCAUAAUUACGUUGUUGAAGGGAUUUUUCUGUUCUCAGUGUUCUUGGGACAGUUGUACCUAGAAAACUAGCUAUAUUAAUGCUUUUGGUAAUGGCAGAGAUUUUAGGAAUUAGAAAAACUCUAUUCAUUAUCCUCA